CUCCCCACCAGAGUUUUAUGUCAAUAGCUUAGCAACGAUGACAACGUUGCAAGACUUCAAUAAUAGUCCCAGUUUAUCUGUUGAAGCUAAAAUACUUGACUGCAUGCACACACCGCCGUCUGUUUUGCAAACAUAUUGAUCAUUAUGAUUGCUUUGGAUUUUGACUUGCAUGGAUAUAUUAAACAAUAUUUCACAACCCCGGAUUAUUGAGUUUUACAUCGUGGUGUGAGCCUAAUGGGAUAUUGCCUAUAUUAUUGAUUAUAGCACUGUGAUGAUAAUGUGAUUCAUUGCAUAUUGAUUGUCAAUCUUCGAAAAGAACGUCAACAUCAUCAUACACUUGUUAACAUCGGGGUAUCCAAGUUAUAUCCUUAACCGUCCAAGUGGAAUAAUAGGCCUAUAUACGAGAUUUCUUGUCUAAACCAUUCCUUUUGGAGAUACUUAUAUAUUUGGAUAAGAUAAUAAAUUCAUAAAUUUCAGAAGAUUAUUAAAACAAAAUGGGUGACGAAGCAGAGAAUAUGCCCGCCGAGGAGGUUGAUCCUCAAGCAGAAAUGAAAACGAACAACAAGGAAUUCUUGCACCUCCUGAAGGAGAAGAAACAAGCAGAAGAUGCCCUUGCCGAGAAAGUCAAGGAAUUACAUCGAGUCGGAGGGAGAAAUUAUGAACUCAUGCAACAAGUUGAACAACUAGAGAAAGAGCUUGCUGCAGCGAAAGAUCAGAAUAAAGCACUGGAGAAGAAACACAAGGAAGAAAUGUUGAAGGCCGUCGAGAAUAUACCAAGUGAGAUGGGUAGUACAGCUAAUAUUUCAAAGCUAAAGAAGAUGAGACCAAAGACGGGUGUUAAACACGCCAAUGCUCGACUGAAACCAAGAAAGAAAGCAGCGGCAGCAUCCAACAAAAACCUGAAGAAAGAAGCCGAGGAUGAGGCACAAAAAGCAGCAAACGAAAAGGAUACAUACAAAUAUUAUGAGGAAAUCGCCGAGAAAUUCCCCAACUUAAGACUCUCUGUGUUGAUGGCAGCAGAAAAGAAAUUCAUCGAUGCCGAUAUAAAUGGAGACGGAACGAUCGAUGGCCAUGAAUUGGAGAAAAUUCUGGAGAGCGGGAAUAUGCUAUUCACAAAACAACAAGUAAUGGAUAUUGUCAAGGAGAUUGAUAAAGAUGGAUCAAAUGAUUUAGAUUUCAUGGAAUGCCUUGUGGUCAUUGACCGGUUACACCAGAACAAGAAGACCACGUUACCUACCACACUGGAACAAAAUAAAAGCUCUGUUUGUGCGAUACAAUAAUUACGGAUAAAGACAUUUUCUAUCGAGUAUUAAACAAGAUUUGGUAAAAUAGAAACUCAAAUAUGUAUUCGAUAUGAACGUGGUGCUAACAAAAUAUAAAUGGAUGCAGCAUUGAGGAUUGUUAUAAUCUAUAUACUUCAGCAUUAAUUGUGCCUCAGUCCCACUCUGGCGAAACCAACUUAAGUCUGACCAAUAUGAUAUGCCAUUGAAAGCCAUAUUUCUUCAUCUGUCUCAUUUGGAGUCGGAUUUCACAUUGUGACAGUGUGAACAAGAUACAAAUGACUCAUUAGGACUUGUGGAAAGGAUGAUACCUUUUCGAAAAAAAGGUUAAUAUAUCAAACUACUACAUGUAGAAGGCGGUCACACAUCACUGGGUGAGAUGGCGGUUCAUGGCGGUUUGCCCCCCAGAAGUUGGGUGCAAUCAGAUAUCUUUAUCGAUUCGCUUUAAGUGGGUUUGAAUUGUGCUUGCCCGACAUAGCAAUUCGCGCCUUUUUUGCAACCCAUGGAAAACGAAUUAGCCAAACUCUUUAACGAAGGGCUAGGUUCUGAUUGCACAUAACUUUGGGGUCAAACUACAAUGAACCGACAUCCAAUCCUGCGAUGUGUGAUUAACCCACCACGUUGGUUAAAACAAAGUUGCUUGUAUAUAGAACAUUGAGAAUGAUUUCUACACUAAACAUGAGAGCAUUAUUAUCUCAGUGAAUAGUUAAUGAAUUGAAAGAUGAAAGAAUGUUUAAAGAAUCGAUCAACUCACGUGUAUAGUAAGCAGCAUUUCGAAGCUGGGAGGACACAGAUGAAUAUCCGACUGCAGAGAACUGCAACCUGUGGCGGCCAUAACUGAAGGGCUUCCAAAGAAGAAUAAAAACACUUCCAAUGAUUAUGUAAUGAGACAGGUGCGUCGCUAUGGCAGUGAAUGAAUGAAUACUAGCUUUCUUGGUACUUUUUCUUUUUGUGUGUAUGGACCCCUACGAAAAAAAGCAUUUGCUGAUAGGUUGUUCCAUUCCUAGAGUGGUAAAUGAAUAAAUACAUAAAUAAAUAAAAAAAAUAUAAAAAAAGAAGAGCAUUCUUGUAGCUCCCAGUAAGAAAUCGCCAGAGGAAAAAAAACAAAAACAAAAACAAGCCUAAGUGGUUUAUGGUUGUUGGGGGACUUUUUGAAAUGCGAAACGUAAAAGUGAAUAAUAGCUGGCUUUAUUGUUUGUCUUACAGACUGUGAAUGUUCAAAGCUUAAAUCAACACAUACCAUCAAAACGUCAACAAUCAUUCUUUUGAUAUAACAAUGCUGGUUUUUGUGUCAAGCCUUUGUAUUUUCAUGGAAUUUCUUCCUUUCACUAAGUGGCGAUAGACUCUAUUGUGAAGAAAUACCAUUGUACUUUGGGUUCUUAAUGACUGUGCUCAUGUGCUAUGUAAAUUACAUGAACAAAUUUCCAAGUACUAAUGACCUCUCUGCUAGGCUAGCUCUUUGUAAUAUGUGCAAACUUCAAUAUUUCUCAGAAAAUUACUGAUUAUGUGUAACAAUUACUGUUCUUUAAAAGAUUAUUAAUGAAUAAAGAAAUUGCCUAUUCUGCUUAAUUACCAUCUAAGAUUAUAAUUUCAAGUAAGAAAGACGCAACGACCUAAGCAGAGUUUUAUUUUUCAGAAGUAAAUUUGUGAUUUUGCCUCCUCAGAAAUAACACAUCGAGAGUUCUUUUUUUGUUUAUAAACAAAUGUGCAACACAGUGUUGUUUUCCAUAUCAUUUGGAAAUGCAUAUUUAGUAAAAAGUACAGAAAUAGAGUAGUGGACUGUCUUAAAAUAUUCUACAAAAUUGGUUGAAAAUGUGCUUUUGUGUUUAUUUUCUUUUUUUCUUAAUAUGAUGGUGCCAUCUUUUAUAGGAUUAUGAUAAUCUGUAAUAUUAUUACUUGUUAAGUUAAGAAAUGCUUAUUGAUAUUUUGUUUAUAUCUAUAUGCCAUUGAGAAUAUGUCAAGUGCUUUCUGUAAUUAUUUAUUGAAUGUUCAUAAUUAUGUCAAUUAUGUUUAUCAUUGUAUAAUGCGUUCUUCAAAUAUACUUUCUAUAU